AUGCAUUACCUUAGCAAGACCUUCGGCCUUCUUAUGUCACGCCGCUCUGCUCCUUGCGCGAGGGAAGUCCAAGGGCUGUGCGCCUCCAAUAACGCUGCCGCCGGUCAACUCUUGCACUUGGAAUGCAUUGACAAAGUAUGGACAUGCGUUCACCGCGCCGUGGAGGCAGAGUCGCAGGGCCUUGUAGUACUGGCAACUAGAGCUGGGUGCUCGGCGAAGAGAGAUGUCGGUUGCUUAGUUACCCGACAGGAAGAAGGGGAGCCCCCCGCCGAAGAGGAAGCUCCCGUUGAAGAAGAAGCCCCGGCUGAGGAGGAAGCCCCCGCGGAGGAGGAGGCUCCAGUUGAAGAGGAAGCUCCUGCCGAGGAAGAAGCCCCGGCCGAAGAAGAGGCUCCCGCUGAAGAAGAAGCCCCGGCUGAGGAGGAAGCGCCAGCCGAAGAAGAAGCUCCUGCCGAGGAAGAGGCCCCCGCGGAGGAGGAAGCGCCAGCCGAAGAGGAAGCUCUUGUUGAGGAGCCCCCAGCGGAAGAGGCUCCUGAGGAAGAAGCGCCAGUAGAAGAGGAGGCUCCAGCUGAAGAAGAGGCCCCCGCUGAGGAAGAAGCUCCUGCCGAGGAGACCCCCGAGGAGCCCCCUGCGGAAGAGGCUCCUGAGGAGGAAGCUCCUAAGGAAGAGGAAGCCCCUGUCGAGGAGGCCCCUGAAGAGCCCCCCGCGGAAGAGGCCCCCGUCGAAGAAGCUCCCGUCGAAGAAGAAGCUCCUGUCGAAGAGGCUCCCGAGGAAGAAGCUCCAGUAGAAGAGGAGGCUCCUGUUGAAGAGGAAGCCCCGGCUGAGGAGGAGGCCCCCGAGGAGGAGGCUCCUGCCGAAGAGGAAGCUCCUGCCGAGGAAGCCCCUGAGGAGGAAGCACCCGUCGAGGAGGCGCCUGAGGAGGAGGCUCCCGCUGAAGAAGAAGCCCCUGCAGAGGAAGAAGCUCCUGCUGAAGAAGAGGCACCUGCUGAGGAGGCCCCGGAGGAGCCUCCAGCGGAAGAGGCUCCUGAGGAAGAGGCUCCUGAGGAAGAGGCUCCUGAGGAAGAAGCUCCCGUCGAAGAAGAGGCCCCCGCAGAGGAGGAAGCCCCAGCCGAAGAGGAAGCUCCCGCUGAAGAGGAAGCCCCGGCUGAGGAAGCCCCUGAGGAGGAAGCACCUGUCGAGGAGGCGCCCGAGGAAGAGGCUCCCGUAGAAGAGGAGAUUCCCGCCGAGGAAGAGGCACCUGAGGAGGAGGCACCUGAGGAGGAGGCACCUGAGGAGGAGGCACCUGAGGAGGAGGCACCUGAGGAAGAAGGCCCUGAGGAAGAGGAAGCACCAGUCGAAGAAGAGCCCGAAGAGCCUGAGGAGCCUGUCGAGGAGGAGGAUUAA